GCGCCGCGCCAAGCCGCUGCAGGGCAGCGGGGCCUGGGGGGGCGGCUGGCAAAAGUGCGGCGCCAGCCCAUUUUCAACAGUUCUUCUGUGUCAGAGUCAGAGCGCCCCACGCAAGCCAAAGCCGGGAGGCGCUGUUUAUCCCGAGGCGACAGGAGACCACUGGACAUGAAUUCUCUGAUCCACUGAGUGAGAGGCAGUUCUCCCAGUUUAUCUCUGCUGAUCUGCCGCUCCGUGCUGCCCUUCUUGGGGUGUCCUGUUACCCCCCCCCCACUCAGGAGCCUCAGUGGGGCUGGGCUCCAGUGGGGUUGUGACCCUUUGUGAAGCAGGGUCCCCCUUUAUCGGCUUUCAGGGAGUGGAGGAAAAGAGCCUCCUAUGGCAGGGGUCAAGUGCACUCCUCUGAGAGCCCCCAACCAGACCCAGGCCGGCCCUGCCCUGGGGCAUCUGCUGAGGGACCAGCUGGAGGGCAGGAACCGCACCAACUCCACCAGGGCUCUGAGGCUCCCGGACGGGACCGGUGCUGCCUGGUACAUCCUCAUCAUCAUCGGCAUCUAUGCCGUGGUCUUCCUCUUCCAGAUGGCCAGCAACAUCCUCAGAAAGAACGACAAAUCCUUGGAAGACAUUUAUUUCUCCAAUUUGACCUCUGAACUCAAAAAGAAGGGCCCCCGAGCAAGGCAGUCAAGUGCCCUGCGCUGA